GAACCCCCUGAUUGCUUAGUGUAGUAGUGCAGGGAGAAACAAAGGGAGGUUGGGAUCCGAGGAACGGGAGAGUUCGUCCUUGUAGCCCGCCGGAACUCAAAGUCGGACGUGAAACGUGCUGAAUAAAAACCUGGGAUUUGGUUUUAUUUUUCAUUUAUUAUUUUCCUGGUUCGAUUUCUUCGCCAUUAAAGCAGCUGUUCCUGAGUUCCUCAGAGGGAUCUCUGCAAAACUCUCACGUCAUUUUCUUCCUCGGCCAAAAGAAGAAGAGCAGAAGUAGAAGAAAAGGGAAGAGAAGAAGAAGAAGAAGAAGAAGAAGAAGAAGAAGAAGAAGAAAACGUUCCCCAUUCAUUCAUCUCAUCAGCUCGUCCUCCAUUUCCUCUCAUAAUGUUGCUUCUUCAGCCAUUUUUUCAUUUAUUUGUGAAUACUUAGAAGAAAUCCUUCUCUGGCGCGUUAGAUCCGUUUUCUUCUACUUCCGGUGAGUGCGAAGAGGUUGCUUUUUUCUUCUGAUCGCGAUGAAGCCGGAAACGAGGCUAGAUUCGGCCAUGUUUCAACUUACUCCUACAAGAACGAGGUGUGAUUUGGUAAUCAUUGCCAAUGGGGAAAAUGAGAAAGUAGCGUCUGGAUUGCUGAAUCCUUUUCUGUCUCAUCUGAAGACAGCCCAAGAGCAAAUUGCCAAAGGUGGAUACUCAAUAGUGCUGGAACCAAACUCAGAGAGCAAGCAUGCUAGUUCUUGGUUCACAAAAACCACACUUGAAAGAUUUGUUCGGUUUGUGAGCACCCCAGAGGUGCUUGAGCGGGUUAACACAAUUGAGUCUGAGAUAAUACAAAUUGAUGAGGCCAUUGCCAUCCAAAGCAACACAAAAUUGGGGUUGAUGGCUGUUGAUGAUCAUCAGGUGAAGCCUGUGGAAAACAAUGAAGGUGGCAGAUAUGUUCCUGAUGCUGAUACGGAGAAAGCAAUUGUGCUUUAUAAGCCCAGUGCACAUCAGAUUGAAUCAAAGGAGUCCACUUUGCAGGAAGAGAACUCAAAAGUUAAGCUUUUGAGAGUAUUGGAGACACGCAGAACAGUAUUGCAGAAAGAGCAGGGUAUGGCUUUUGCUCGAGCUGUUGCUGCUGGUUUUGACAUGGACCACAUGGAUGAUUUAAUAUCAUUUGCUGAUUGCUUUGGGGCCUCACGUCUAAGGGAGGCUUGCUUACACUUUGUGGAAUUGUGGAAAAGAAAGCAUGAAACAGUCCAGUGGAUUGAAGGAAUGGAGAUGGAAGCUGCAGAAGGAAUAUCUUGUCCGUCUGGUUUGCAGGUGCCGUGGGCUGUUGGUCAUGGGGAUAUUUACAUGGAAAAUAGUGUCAAGACUAAGACAGAGGCUAGUUCUGAUAGGAACAUCGAGCAUAUGGCAGAUCUUACUGGAGAUAGAAGGUCUCCUGUUGAUCCUCAGGUGCCUUUAGGUCAAAAUGGUUAUUUUCAAGGUCAAUUUCAGCACCCCAUGUACAUGCAAUGGCCAAUCCAUCCUCCCCAUGGUGGUUCGAUGUUCCCUCCUUAUCCCAUGCCGGGGAUGCCUUAUUAUCCUGGCUAUCCUGGUGGUGGCCAGUUCUUUCAGCAACCUUAUGUACAAAUGGACAAUUCUAGCUUCAGCCCAGCUGAAAGGAACAUGCACAAAAGGCAUUCCAUGGAUGGUAAAGAUGGAGAUGUUGAUUCUGAAUCUAUUACAAGGUCACAUGAUUCUAGUGAGCAGAACGCACAAUUGGAAAUGGACAGAGAAGAAUCAUAUAUUCAUGAGUCACGAAAGAAAGUCAGUCGGACAGGUAAAAAACGUUCAGGGAUGGUAGUCAUUCGGAACAUCAACUAUAUUACUUCAAACAGAGAGCAUUCUGGAGAUGCUGAAUCUCAAUCAGGAUCUGGUUCUGAAGCAGAAGAGGAAGAAGUGCCAGUAAGUUUUCAGAAAAGGAAGCAUAAAGAUUCUGUAAGAUCAACCAAGGAAGAAGCGAAGCAUCUGCAAGCUGCAGAUGUCUCCAGUUCAUAUGAAAAGGAGGAGUCAUCUAAAUGUGUGGAUGUUGAUAAUGGAAACUGGCAGGCAUUCCAGAAUUUUUUGUUGAGUAAAGAUGAAGAUGACACUGACAGAGACAUGUUUCCUCUUCAUAAUGAUGUUCAAAUAAGGAGGCGGGAUACUGUGGGUGCAGCAGCAGCAGAUUCUAUUGUGGCAGAUCGGAGUUGGGACAGAAAUUCUAGUCAGAUCACAUCUGAACGUGAUGUCUUUGGUUCAAAUGUAUCAUUGCUCAGAAAGAAAGGACAAAGUGAUGAAUCAACAAAAGCUUUUGCUAAUAAUACUAGAAGGGACUUAGGAGAUCACCAUGAUGUACAAGUUUCUGAAUCAGAAGGAAGGUCCAGGGGGUUCAGAAGGAUGCUUAGCGAUGAUUUUCUAACAUAUGGACACCGAAACCAAACAAUUAUUGUUGGUUCUAGUUGCGAUUUUAUUGCUGGAAGUGAAACUGAGCAUCCUGGUUUUGCUGAUCAAAACAUAGGACAAGGUCCUGAAGAUGAGUCUUUCAUGGUUCCUCUGAGGACCAGCUCGCAGACCCAAGUUGAUAGAGAUAGUAGAACUACAACUGGACUGGACUUAGAGUUCUUAUCAAAUUUGAAAAGGAGGGAGGAUUCAGAUAAGCCUAUUGGGUAUGUGCCUGAUGAGUUGAGUAUGAUACCAGAGCGUGGAACAGAAAGAUCCUAUGACCCUGCUGUAGACUAUGAAAUGCAGAUCCAAGCUGAUAUGUCCUUUGUUGCAAAUGGCAGUAACUUGCCGAAGGGAUUAAAGGAUGAAAGCAAAGUGGUUGCUAAACAAGAGAAAAAAGCAGUGGACAAGGAAAAGAAAAAUGUUACACGCAGUGGUAUAGACAAAAGGAAAGCUGAGGCUAUGAGGAACUUGAAACCAACUAAAUCAAGUCCACUGGCUGAGGCACAGGCACGCGCUGAGAGGCUCCGUGCAUUCAAGGCUGAUCUGCAGAAAGCAAAGAAAGAACAGCAAGAUGAACAAAUAAAAAGACUGGAAGCCUUGAAAAAGGAGCGGCAAAAGAGGAUUGCCGCAAGGUCUAGCUCUAUGCAGUCACCAUCACCUUCUCAGCUGACUAAAGUCCGCCAGUCCACAAAGGUUUCACCUAGUCUACUCAAAGCAUCAAAGUUUAGUGAUUCUGAAGCUGCUUCACCUUCCCCCAUACCAAAGAUGGGUGCCAGAAGUGGCACUGUGGGUUCUUCUACGAAAGUCUUGAAAACAAGUACUCCAAGUGUUACUCGUGUUGGAAAUGGAUUGACUCGAUCGGCCUCUUCAGUACCAGAGUUCAAGAAAGAGAAUGGUGUUGGCUCAUCUGAUGCAAAAGCAACAAUGACCAGACUGAGACGGCUGUCAGAACCAAAAAGUAUCAGCAACCGCCUUUCUGAUGGAAAAUCAACUCCGAGGAGAAGAGAAACAAAUGGACUGAGAAGCAAGAUCUCUCCAGUGAAUAGACUUGACAGAGCAGCCAUCCUGAAGAAUACAAGGUCCUCUGCAGAAUCAGAUGGACUGGGAAACAAGAUUUCCCCACUGAGUAAAGUUGAUGGAGCAAAGCCUUCAUCUGCUGCUAGCUUUAAAGCUACCUCAAGUCCUUCUGCACGCCCUUUGCAAAAUAAAGUGAUGACAAACGAGAGCACGAUUGGUAGUUCAGACAACCAGGUGUGUCUUAGUUCUAGUGUCGAGCGGAAGAUUAGUGACAGUGGCAUGUGCCUAAAUAACAUGAAUGAGACUAUGAUAGUUGAUAAAAGUGUUCUGACUAUUGAGCAUGAAGUUUCGACUUCUCAUGCCUCUAAAGAAAGCAAAGAGCUGACAAGUGGAUCACAUGAUGGGCACACUGUGGAGGAGAAGGUCAAGGUGGUUUCUGACUAUGCAGCAGUUCGUGUUUUGCCUUCUAAGGUGGUAGUAAACGAAAUUGACUUGAAAGAAAAACAAAUCAAGCAGGCUGUUGAUGAGGUGUCAUCAAAAUUCCCAAGAGUCACUAUCAAUGAAGUGCAAUAUCAGGCACCCCAUGCUCGUAAAUCAUCUCUGGAAGACCCAUGUGCUGGCAAUUCAGAAUACAGUAAAGCACUGCCACUAAUUUCUGAAACCUCAGUGGCUGGAGAACCAGUCAAGGCACAUGUACUUGAGUCUUCCUGGUCCAGUCCAUCAAAACCGAUUGUUGAUGGGUCCGAUAAGUCUUCUGGAAAAGAGUCUAAAGGGUUGAAGCGUCUUUUGAAGUUUGGGCUUAGGAGCCAUGGCUCUGCUUCUGGGGAAAAGGAAUCAGGCCAACGGAAAGCAGAUGGUGAUAUUCUUGAUGAUUCUGCUCCAAAGGGUGAAUCUGGUUUUGAAGUUCACUCGUUAAAGAACCUUAUCUCUCAAGACGAUACUUAUUCUGAAGGGGGCACGCCGCAUAAAGCAUCCCGUUCCUUUUCUCUGCUAUCACCUUUUCGGAGCAAGAAGGCAGGCCAGUGAAUAGCAUGAAAAUCAAGCCUGAUACUGAAGAACAGAUUGAUAACCUGUGCCGCCCACACCCACCCCCCCCCCCCCCCCACCUUCCUUCUUGAUUUACAGAUGGUGCGGCUACAUGAUCCUGAAAGUCUUGCAUUUGGAAUGUCCAGGAUUGACGACGUUUGUGUAGUGCAUGUGAUUGGAAAUGUGGAUCAAUCAAUAUUAUAUUGUAAAUUUGCAUUCUUUUAUAGAAUUUGUGAAAUGUUCA